AUUUUCGAAGACUGGAGUAAAAGAGAUUACAACAAUUUUGUGAAUGCAUCUGCUAAAUAUGGAAGAAAUGCCCUUGAAGAAAUAGCUUCUGAAAUAGAAGGCAAAACUUUAGACGAAGUAAAAGCAUAUGCUAAAGUCUUUUGGCAGCGCUAUCAAGAAUUACCUAACCAUGAAGAAAUUAUCGCAAAGAUUGUUAAAGGCGAAAGUAAAUUGCAGCAGACUGUUGGUAUUCAGGAAUUGCUUAGAGCAAAGGUAGCACAAUAUCGAACGCCCGGUCAUCAAUUACAAGUAUCAAAUCAAGCGAAGGGGAAGACAUUGUUUUCAGAAGAGGAAGAUCGAUAUCUAUUAAUUGCACUUGCAAAAUAUGGAUAUGGAACUGAAGAUGUGUAUGAGAAAAUACGGAAUGAAAUUGAAAGUGCCGAAGUGUUUCGGUUUAAUUGGUUUAUCAAGUCGAGGACAUCUGGAGAGAUUGCUCGACGCUGCGCUACUCUUAUCAAUCUUUUACAAAAGGAGCACGCGAAAGGUCAACUCCGAUUCUUUCAUAAUCUCCAAUGGUAG